AUGGCGUCUGCGGCAGCAGCAGAGGCCGAGAAGGGAUCUCCAGUUGCGGUGGGCCUGCUAGUUGUGGGCAACAUCAUUAUUCUGCUGUCAGGCCUGGCCUUGUUUGCCGAGACUGUAUGGGUGACAGCCGACCAGUACCGCGUAUACCCACUGAUGGGAGUCUCAGGCAAGGAUGACGUCUUCGCUGGCGCCUGGAUCGCCAUCUUCUGUGGCUUCUCCUUCUUCGUGGUAGCCAGUUUUGGUGUGGGCGCCGCGCUCUGCCGCCGCCGGUCCAUGGUCCUCACGUACCUGGUGCUCAUGCUCAUCGUCUACAUCUUCGAGUGCGCUUCCUGCAUCACGUCCUACACCCACCGUGACUAUAUGGUGUCCAGUCCAUCCCUGAUCACGAAGCAGAUGCUGACCUUCUACAGCGCGAACACCGACCAGGGCCAGGAGCUGACCCGCCUCUGGGACCGCGUCAUGAUUGAGCAAGAGUGCUGUGGCACAUCUGGUCCCAUGGACUGGGUGAACUUCACCUCAACCUUCCGGGAGGCCACUCCGGAGGUGGUGUUCCCCUGGCCCCCACUGUGCUGUCGCCGGACGGGAAACUUCAUCCCCCUCAACAAGGAGGGCUGCCGCCUGGGGCACAUGGACUACCUGUUCACCAAGGCUGGAGUACAGUGGCACGAUCUUAGCUCACUACAGCGUCUGCCUCCCAGGUUCAAGGGAUUCUCCCACCUCAGCUUCCAGAGCAGCUGGGAUUACAGGGCUGCUUUGAGCACAUCGGCCAUGCCAUCGACAGCUACACGUGGGGCAUCUCGUGGUUUGGGUUUGCCAUCCUGAUGUGGACGCUCCCAGUCAUGCUGAUUGCCAUGUAUUUCUACGCCACGAUCUGAGGGACAAGACGGGAAGGCAACAUACACACCCCGGCCUCCUUUGCAUCCUCCUUCUGCUUCCUCUGCUGGGGCCUGGAUGGCUGCCUCACGUCUGCCCUCCCAACCUCCCCAGCCCUUACCUCCUUCCACUUCCAAGAUCUUUUUCCAGCUUCCUGUGCCUCGGGUGUGCCCUGAAACCCCAGGGCUUGUGUGCACGUAUCUUUAGCCCUUGACCUCACUCCACUUGGCUGGUUCUUGCUCAACUUUCAAGGGACCGCUCCAUGAUCCCAUCUCCCAUUCACAGACGCCUCUCCUGUAGCUCUCUGAGCUCCUCCUUCAUGGCAGGCGUCGCCAUUCUUGCUGAACAGUUUGUGAUUGCCGUUUGAGCUCUGGAAGCCUUGAUUGCCAUGAGAGUUCUGUCACCGUCACUU